CAAUGGGAAGCUCAGUGAUGCUUUGAAGUGAAGACAGGAGUAAAACAAGGCUGCCGUCUACUAUCACCCAUAUUAUUCCUGAUUGCGGUGGACCAAUGAAAACAUCCUAGAACAUUUGGAUUUCGCCAAAGAUGACUUCUGUCCGAUGUCACACAAACUUGAAGAUCCACAGGCAAAAACUAACAAGCUGACAGAAGACGCAGGACAGCAAAUACGGGACACCAUUCAAGUGAACAUAGAGAAGACAGAGAUGAUGAUGAUGAUACCCAACCAACAACAACAACCUCCAAUCACCAUCAACGGAAGAAACUUAAAGGACGUAGCCUCUUUCACCUAUCUAAGCAGCACCGUUUCAACUACAGGCGACACAGGCACAGACGGGGAUGUCAAAGUCAAAAUCGGAAAAGCAAGACAGACGUUCAUUAUCCUGAAACCAGUGUGGAUAUCUACUGCACUGCACUCAGCAUAAAGCAUCAACAACAUCCGGAUUUUCAACACCAAUUCAGUCAAGUCAGUGCUUCCGUAUGGCUCACAGACUUGGCGACGCGUUACGAAAGGCAUUUCCAACAAACUACAGACAUUCAUCAACAAC